UUAAUUUAUAUAUAUUUUUACAAAAUGACAGAACAGGAAGUGUGUUUUGUAAAUAUCCAAAAUAAAUGGAUUAAAUAUACUUUAACUAAUGCUAAUCGUUGUUGUGUUAACAAAUGUUUCGAUAAAAUAAGCACAACAGGUAAAAAAUGUCUUAAUGGAAAUGGAUUUAUUAAUAUGGUUGAUGAUGAAAAUAUUAAAUAUAUUAAUUGUGUUGAGGGAAAAGGAUAUAAUAAAGAAGCUUUUAUUGAAUCUGAAAAUUCAUUCAAUAAGCCAAAAGAAGAUUCCAUUAAUUAUUCUUUAUUUUAUUUUGAAAUUAAAUGUAUAAUUGAGCAUGACAAAAAUUGGUUUGAUUUUGGGUUGAAAAAUAAGCAUGGAGGGGAGGUUUUUCUUGAAGCAAGGAAUACUUAUAUUCGAAAUGAAAAUAGUAGACGAUAUAAACUUCCUCCAACAUUUUCUUGGAAUAAUGGAGAUGUUUUUGGUUGUGGAUUGGUAUAUCCACCAAAUAAUAAAAUAAAUGAACUACCCUAUGUUUUCUUCACUCAAAAUGGGAAACAACUUGGCAAUUAA